UUUACAAGUGUAUACUUUUAAAAAGGACAUAAAAUUGUAUUGUGCUCACAAAAGAGCACAAGGCAAAAUUUAAUUGCAUUCAAUCUUUGCUCUACUGUAAAACAUAAAUUCAUAUUUAUAGAUAUGUAUGUAUAUAUGUGUGUUAUUGAAAGGUAUAAGAAUCUAAUUACACUGUUAAUCCAUUUUUCAUUUAUAAUUAUAUUUUUAUUCAUAAUUUAAAUAUUGAGCUCAAAUAAUAAGCUAUUAUGUCAUUAUCAACGAUCUAUAUUAAUAACUCGUGUCAUGUAAUGAAAUAAUGGCGUAUAUUUUUCGCAAACUUAUUCGUAAUUAUCACGCAACUAUUUUAAGAAACUAUCCUAAGGGAAAAUAGCUUGAAGCAAAAUUCAAUCAAGUGAAAGGAACGCUGACCACAAGUUUGCCUUAGAAAGAAGUAACAUCGUCGCAAAUAUUUAUCUCCAGAUAAUAGUAUGUCACAAGAAAACCACUCCUAGAUAGAUCAUAAUGGAUUCACCAGAAAGUUUCCAUAUGUAUUUUGAGAAGCAUUAAACAUUUGUUCAAAAAUGGAUAACGAGCGAAUGCCAUUGGUUGACACCGAGAGAAUAGCGACAUCGACGAAGUUCGCUUAUGCUCUUGGACAUGUUUUUAAUGAUUUGGCGGCUGCUAUGUGGUUUUCCUACACUUUAAUUUAUCUACAACGAGUAGCAUUGUUGGAACCAGUAGUCGCUGGUGCACUACUACUUUUAGGACAAAUUGUCGAUGCAAUAAUGACACCUAUAUUCGGUUUCUUGGUUGAUCGUUACUGUAAGAAAAAAAUUUGGCACGUCAUCGGUUCCAUUAUAGUCACCUUAUCCUUCCCCAUAAUAUUCGGUGGUUUUGCCAAUUCAUCCAUCACAAUCGCUGUGCUCUUAUAUGUAACGAGCAUUACUAUAUUUCAAAUUGGUUGGGCAGCCGUGCAAAUCUCACAUCUAUCAAUGAUUCCCUCAUUAACCAAUUCCGUCCUAGCUCGAGCCGAUUUAACCGCGAUAAGAUAUUCCGCUCAAGUUGGUGCGGCCGUAAUAGUUUUCAUAGUAACAUGGAUAGUUCUACCAACCAGCGGCGAAUUAAUAGUUCAAUUAGAUCAGCAAGAUGAUUAUAAAUUCAGAAAUAUCUCUUUGGUUCUCACGGCUCUCGGUCUGACCGCGACCGUCUUUUUUCACAUUUUCCUGAAAGCCAAUCUUUUAGAGCAAACAACAUCCGCGAAAGCGAACAUCGAGGAGCCAACUAAAUCGUCAGAUCUUUCGCCUAAUCGUCGGAUAUCGUGGAUCGGCAUCACGAUUUUGUUAAGAGUCGCGAUGCUAUACGUGGCGAGCAGAUUAUUUAUCACUCUGGCCACGGUAUACUUGCCGCUGUACAUAGAAGAAACGAAAGUUGAUGGCAAGCAGGCGUUAGCCACCGUGCCGUUAGUCUCAUACGUAUCUUCCUUCGUGGCCGCUUUGCUGCUCAAAUACAUCACCAGAAUUUGUGGUACCAAGGCUUGCUAUCUUCUCGGCGCUAUAAUUGGCAUAAUUGCUGCCAUUGUCACAGAAUUUGUCGGGAAUAGCACAACGAUUGUAUAUCUCGUCGCCGUAUUAAUUGGCGCGGGGAGCUCCAUUACGAUGGUUACCGCAUUGAGCGUCACCGCCGAAUUAAUCGGCUCUCGAACAGAACGUAGCGCCUUUGUGUAUUCGAUUGUCACUUUUCUCGAUAAAAUUAUUACUGGUCUCGUGGUAAUAUUAAUUGAACAAUGGAGAUGCAAAGAUAAAGAACUUUGUCCUAAUUAUAAUCGAGACACACUAUCCAUCGUUUGCGUUUCUUCGAUGAUACUGGGACUUAUAACUUUGCUAUCUGUAUCUCGUUGUUUAACGUGAAAAAUUAAUAAACUGAUAUUUCUUUAU